AUGUAUCACGAUGAAAAUAAAUUAUUUUUAUACUUUCAUAGUCAUCCUCAUUCAAUGAAGUUUAUCGCAAUUUUUCGACAGUUCUCAUUAAAAUCACUAUAUCAUUCGCUACAUCGAAAAUUCGUUAAACUAAAUCUUUUCAAUUCGCAAUCAACAGAUUUAACAACUGUUCACCGUGAGAUUCUCUCUACUCGUUUAUAUCUUGUGGUAUUGCUUAUCUCAGUUUUCACUCUUACACUCUAUACAUCUAUUAAUGGAUUAAUCAAAGAGAAAAUCGUACAUUCACCAAGUUUAGCUGUAUACAAAAGACUUCAAAAGCAAUAUCCAGACACAUUACAAUGUCCAUGUACAAAACUUGCACUACCUUAUGGAACAUUCGUUAAUGUUGCACCAUUAUUUCAUCAAGUUUGUUCCAGUGACUUUAUUUCUCAAUCGUGGAUUGAUUUUACUUUUAAAACUAAUACAACAUUCAUCUGGCCAAUGGAUGUACGAACUAGUUUAAGUGCUAUGUGCCAAUUACUUGCUGCAGUUUGUUAUAGCUCAACAAAAAUAAUUUCUGAUACACUCAAUGACUUCUCACAUUUGCCAUUAAUCAAUUCAAUGAUCUUACCUGAAGAUAUACUGUUAAUAAAGACAAGCACUGCUCUUGAUCUAACAAUUCAAAUGAUAUCAAAUAGUCCCAUGAAACUCUUAUCGACUUUUAAAAAAAUCUCUAUAGCCAACGGAUUAGUAACAGGCCUCUCAACUAACUAUGUUCUACGUACAUUUAACUAUCGACCAGGUGGAAAAGCACAGUCUGUAAUACCAGCAGUCGUCAGAUACAUAGCGCAAGGAUCGAAUACAACUUGUACUUGUAUGCAUGAAGGAACUUGUCCUAUACCUGGAAGUUUCUAUCUAUAUGAUAUGUGGGAAACAAGUGGUCUCUAUGAUCUUAAUAAAAUUAUUCCGAAUCAAACAUUAUCUGGUAUUGUAGUUGAUUGCACACCACUUCAAAUGGUCUUUGCUUCAUCAUUAGAAUGUUUCUACAAUCAAUCAUGUGUUGAUCUUAUUCUCUCUAUGUAUUCACAAUAUAUCAAUAUUUCAAUACUUAAUCAAGUCGUACCAAGUCGUUUUAUGACGACAACAAAUAUUAAAUUUCUCAUUGAAAAUCUUUUCAUUGAACAAAUUUUCAAUGAAACUCUAUACGAUUCUUAUUAUAAACAAUGUGCUCCAAUACAUUGUAGCUAUACUUAUUCGAACAAAUUUGAUUGGAUCUAUGUUAUUACAAUUUUAAUGUCUCUUUACGGAGGACUCAAUGUAGCAUUGCGUAUGAUUAUUCCUUCUGUAAUUGAUCUUAUCUUAUUCAUCAAGAGAACACGAUGUUGUAUGAAAAAUAAAUCUCAAUAUAAUGAAAGCAUAUCAAUUAAAACUCGAUUUAUACAAUGUUUUGCUAAAGUCAAAGCAAACAUCAUAAAAUUCAAUUUAUUCAACAAUCGUUCACAAGAUCAACGUCAAAUUCGACAGGGUCGAUUAACAACUAGGCUUUAUCUGAUAUUUUUACUUAGUACACUUAUUGUUCUCAUAGUUCACACAUCUUUCUCGAUGCAAACAAUCAAUACAACUAUUAUAUCACCAUCUCAAGAACAAUAUGAACAAUUAGAACAACAAUAUUCAAAUACAUUACAAUGUCCGUGUACUGUUGUAGCAAUUCCAUACAAAGAAUUCAUUCAUGUUACUCCUAUGUAUCAUCAAUUAUGUACAAGUGAUUUUAUUCGAGCAUUUGGGUAUGAUAGUUUUCCUGUGUCGGAGUAUGGACAAUGGACUAAUAUUCACUUCGCUGGUUCAUCUCACGUUCGAACAUUGACUGCUUUAUGUGAUUUAGCAAAUUUAACGAUUAUUGAUGAAACUAGUCGUUUUUACUCAACAAUGUUUAUUAAUGCUCAAGUUAUUUCACAUGAUCUGUUCGCUUCAAAGGCACAUGCAUUCAUCGACAGAUUCUUCAAUUCGACACGAGCUGCAUUCUCUAAUAGAAUGUUACUAAUCAAUACAGUUAUUCAUGUCAAUCAGUAUAUUACUGGAUUAAGAACAAAUUUUGAAUUAGAUCUAGAAACUGAAUAUCCUCUACUCGAUCCAUCUCAAUUGAAUCGUAUAAGAAUCAUCACGUCUAGUAGAUACGAAAUUAUUAAUCAUAAAAUGGUUUAUUGUGCUCGAAAUGCUUCACUAAUGCUUUGGGGUGAAUCCACGAAUAUGUUAAUUGCAGGAUUACGUAUCGAUUGUUGGAUAGUCAACUCUGUAUUGGAAUCAACACUUACAUGCUGGUAUAAUUCCAGUUGCAUUGAUCAAUUACGAAAGCUGUUAGCUGAUAAUGAUCUUUUUCUAAAGACAAAUAUAACUGCACUUAAUAAUAAAGUAUCCAGUCGUUUUCCAACAAACGUCCGUGUCAAAGUCAUUGUUGAUGAAAUAAUGGUUGAAAAAUGGAAUUAUUCAAUAUCUUAUACUGAUUUUUAUCAUAAAUGUCGACCUGCAUAUUGUUCAUUUAGUUAUCAAAAAAGAAUGAAUGUACUAUAUAUUAUCAUCACAUUGAUUGCUCUUUUUGGUGGUCUUAAUAUUGUUUCUUGGCUCAUAAUUCCUUCUCCGUUAAAGCUUCUUCUCAAGCGUAUCAGUCGAAUUCAUUCAAAGAACUCUUUGCCAACAUGUAGUACUCAAGUAACAAAUAAUCGUGAGUAA